UCAAAAUAAAUAAAUAAACAGGAAGGUGAGACGGAAAGUCACCAGUUACCUCAACAAACAGGUUUACCAAAUUUGAAAAAACCACUCGGUCCCAGUCUGGCCCAAGGUGUCAAGGUCACACCGAUCUCCCGCCGCGCUGAGAAAGGACACACAGUUCACCGUGGGGACCCACAGAGCUGGGUCUCCGUCACCCCCUGUCGCAGGGCAGCGGAGAGUGGCCUGCCCUGCCGAGGGGUCUCCUGCUCUCUCAGAAUCCCCAGUGGGGACCUCGGUCUGCACCCUCCAAGGAGAAGACGCGGCUCGCACGGGACACAGGCGUCCGAGGCCCCUCCAGCCCCCACGUGCUGGCACAGCCUCAGCACAGCCUUAGCUUAGAUUUCUGAGAUAGGAAGUUUCUCAGGAAACAGCAAAGGAUUCUGGAAAUAGUCCUGCCUCGGCAAUCAGGACCUUUCACCCAGUUCUUCCUGCCGCCCAAGACCGGCCCAGCCCCUGGGGGGGACGCUGCACCUCUUGCUAUGUGACUUCCAGAACAAACCAGCUCCCACAGGAUCACCUUCUACGAAGGCAAGCACUUCACAGGACGGAAGCUCGAGGUCUACGGGGACUGUGACAACUUCCAGGACCGGGGCUUUAUGAACCGCGUGAACUCCAUCCGCGUGGAGAGCGGAGCCUGGGUCUGCUACGAUCACCCCGACUUCCGGGGCCAGCAGUUCAUCCUGGAGCACGGUGACUACCCUGACUUCCUCUGCUGGAAUGGCCACAAUGACCACAUGGGCUCCUGCCGGCCGGUGGGAAUGCAUGGGGAGAACUUCCGCCUGGAGAUCUUCGAGGGCUGCAACUUCACCGGCCAGUGCCUGGAGUUUCAGGACGACUGUCCCUUCCUGCAGAGUCGUGGCUGGGCCAAGAACUGUGUCAACGCCGUCAAGGUGUACGGAGACGGCGCGUGGGUCCUCUACGAGGAGCCCAACUACCACGGCCGCAUGUACCUGGUGGAGCGGGGUGACUUCCGCAACUACUCGGACUGGGAAGCCCACAGCUCUCGCGUCCAGUCGGUCCGCAGGGUGGUCAACUUCUUCUAGCGGCAGCCCCUCCGGCCCCACCCUGGGCUCAGACCCUGAGCAAUAAAGAUCAUGGAAACGGA